AGGUGGCGGACAAAGGGGGCCCGGCCGUCAUGUCCGGCGGCAAGGAGCCUGGGGGGCCCCCCCCGGGCCCGGCCCCCCAGCACGCCCAGUACGUGGGGCCCUACCGGCUGGAGAAGACCCUGGGCAAAGGCCAGACGGGGCUGGUGAAGCUGGGCGUUCACUGCAUCACGGGGCAGAAAGUGGCCAUCAAGAUCGUGAACCGGGAGAAGCUGUCGGAGUCGGUGCUGAUGAAGGUGGAGCGGGAAAUCGCCAUCCUGAAGCUGAUCGAGCACCCGCAUGUGCUGAAACUGCACGACGUCUACGAGAAUAAGAAAUAUUUGUACCUGGUGCUGGAGCACGUCUCGGGUGGGGAGCUCUUCGACUACCUGGUGAAGAAGGGGCGCCUGACCCCCAAAGAGGCUCGCAAGUUCUUCCGGCAGAUUGUCUCCGCCCUGGACUUCUGCCACAGCUACUCCAUCUGCCACCGUGACCUCAAGCCAGAGAACCUGCUGCUGGACGAGAAGAACAACAUCCGCAUCGCAGACUUCGGGAUGGCGUCCCUGCAGGUCGGGGCCAGCCUGCUGGAGACCAGCUGUGGCUCUCCCCACUAUGCAUGUCCCGAGGUGAUCAAGGGUGAGAAAUACGACGGGCGCCGGGCCGACAUGUGGAGCUGCGGGGUCAUUCUCUUCGCCCUGCUGGUGGGGGCGCUGCCCUUCGACGACGACAACCUGCGACAGCUGCUGGAGAAGGUGAAGCGGGGGGUCUUCCACAUGCCCCACUUCAUCCCCCCCGACUGCCAGAGCCUCCUGCGCGGCAUGAUCGAGGUGGAGCCGGAGAAACGGCUCAGCCUGGAGCAGAUCCAGAAGCAUCCCUGGUUCCUGGGGGGCAGGAACGAGCCGGAGCCGGAGCAGCCGGUGCCGCGGAAGGUGUCGAUCCGGCGCAUCCAGUCGGUGAGCGAGCUGGACCCCGACGUGCUGGAGAGCAUGUCCUCGCUGGGCUGCUUCCGCGACAAGGCGCGGCUCCAGCAGGAGCUGCAGGCCGAGGGGGAGAACCAGGAGAAGAUGAUCUAUUACCUGCUGCUGGAUCGCAAGGAGCGGUACCCCAGCUGUGAGGACGAGGACCUGCCCCGCAACGACGCCGAUCCCCCCCGGAAGCGGGUCGACUCGCCGAUGCUGAACCGCCACGGGAAGCGCCGGCCCGAGCGGAAAUCCAUGGAGGUCCUGAGCGUCACCGACGGGGGCUCCCCGGUCCCGGCCCGACGGGCCAUCGAGAUGGCCCAGCACAGCCAGAGGUCUCGCUCCGUCAGCGGUGCCUCCACUGGCCUAUCGUCGAGCCCGCUGAGCAGCCCCAGGGUGAGUGUGUCACCCCCACCCUCCCCGGGCAGCCCCUCCCACCCCGCUGGGCACCCCGUCCACACGCCCAAGGACAGCCCUCGGGCACCCGGGGACCCCUCCCGCCCCGGCGCCGCCCGCCUGGCCUGGACCCCGCGUCACAGCUCCCGCACGAACAGCGUCCUGGGGUCGCCCCGCUUCCACCGCCGGAAACUGCAAGGUGAGGGUCCCCACCCGGAGGAGAUGUCCAGCCUGACGCCGGAGUCCUCCCAGAGUGAGCUGGCGAAGAAAUCCUGGUUCGGGAAUUUCAUCUCGCUGGAGAAGGAGGAGCUGAUCUUCGUGGUGAUCCGGGACAAGCCGCUCAGCUCGGUCAAGGCCGACAUCGUCCACGCCUUCCUCUCGAUCCCCAGCCUGAGUCACAGCGUCCUGUCCCAGACGAGCUUCCGGGCCGAGUACCGGGCGUCGGGGGGCCCGGCCGUCUUCCAGAAACCCGUCCGGUUCCAGGUGGACAUCAGCGCCUCCGAGGGGGGGGCCGCCCCCAAGGACAGCGGGGUCUUCUCCGUCAGCUUCACCCUCAUCUCAGGUCCCAGCCGCCGAUUCAAGCGGGUCGUGGAGACGAUCCAGGCUCAGCUGCUCAGUUCCCACGACCAGCCCUCGGUGCAGGCCCUGGCCGACGAGAAGAACGGGCAGCAGCCCCGCCCGCCGGGCACCCCCACCCGCGUGGCCCCGAAUUCCCGGCGCUCCGACCCCGACGUCGCGGAGCAGCCUCGCCGCGGCUCGUGCAAGGAAAAGAAACUCGUGUCGUCCAACGGGACGCAGGCCCCCCAGCCCCCGCAGCAGCCGUGACCCCCGGGGAGCCCGGCCCCCCGCUCUGGCCCUGGCCCCCGCGGCCCCCUGCGGCCGGCGCCGGGGCAGGAAGCAGAGGAAGAAAGACACGGACGGGACCUCGCCCCGACAGGGCUUUGCGGGGGGGCCGCAGGGGAAUUGCCCCCCCAACGGCUGACCCGGUGCCGCCGUCCGAGCAGGCCAUACUGUGAACCUGUAAAUAAUGAAAACAAACAACCCCCCCACCCCCCCGACACAGAAGAACGAAAAGGAAACUGCAACUGACAAGAAACCCCACAAAAAAUCCACAGAGGAAAAAAAACUGAGCCGGGGGAGGGGAGGGGGGGGCGGCUGGCUGGCUGGCCAGGGUGUGUGGGGGGGGAGACAAGAUUUUAAUUUAAUUUAUUGAAUGGGGAGGGAGUGGAUAGGUGGAUUCGUUACCCCUCCUCCGCUUGCCUCCCCUCGUUCCCCUGCCCCACGACCCCCCGCGCCCCAGUUCCAUCCGCCCCAGACCUUGGCUGGCUUCUUCCCAAACUGCUUUCAUGGCCCCCCCCCCCCGAGGUUUGCCCCCUGCUGCGGCGAAGCGAGGUGGGAGGCUCGGGUCCCCGGGCGUGUGGACGCCCCCCCGCUGGAUCGAAGCCAGUUCGCACCCUCACGCCGGUCCUGGGGGGGGGCUUUCUUCUCCCGCGGGGCGAAACUCUCCCGGCCCCCCGAAACCUGGGGCCGCGUCUCCGCUCGCCCCCAGCUCCGGAGCCAGGCAGGGAGGGAACCGGCGCUUUCCCGGCCUCCGCGGUGGAGCCAAGGAAAGGAAGCGACUUCGCUGCGGCCCCGGCCUGCUUCAUCCUCCUCGCGCCUCCGGGGGGGUGGGGUGGGGGGGCGAUGCCGCUUUCUGCUCGGCCGCCCGGGGCCGCCGUUUCUUUCCGUUUUCACGGUUGCGCAAAGUGACGGGCGGGGGGAGCUGCCG